AUGGGACAAUCACAGGUCAAGUCUACAAACGACCAACUUAAAGAUAACUUACAAGAUUCCCCAAUGGUGGAAAAUUCUGUGGUCACUGAAGCAACUUAUACUGUGGUUGCAUCCGACUCUAAUGCUCACCAUAACUUUAACUUACCUUCUAUACAAGACUCACAUUCGCAAGGUAUUAUUUCAAAUUCCUUGUCUACUGGUAUAGAUCUUGGUGGUGCUCAAACCGAAAAAGUUGUUACUUUUACUUCUGAUGGCAAUAAUUUUUUGGAAUUAAUUGAUGAUGGUAUUGAUGAAUUUUCCUCAGAUAAUUUUACCAUUUGUCUAACUAGCUCUACAACUAUAGAUUUUACAAAUAAUUCGCUUGCGAGUUCCCUCGCAGGCUUGACAAUUCGUGACAACUCUGAUAACAGACCUACAGCUUCGGUAGUACAAGCUACGAGUAUUAAAAAUCCUACUGUUAAGGAAAUUCAUAAUGGACUAUCGACAACAAUUGAAGAUAAUAAUAAUAUUAUUUUUAGUCAAAUUACGAAUGAUGUUUCAACUACAAAUAUAGGAUCAACCAUUACUUCAAAUUUAUCUGAUUCAAUACAUAAAAAAUCUUCAAAAGAAAUAAAAUCAACUUUAGCCGAUGAAGCAGAAUAUACAAUACCUCCUGCUAUUGCUGAAGAUGUGUUACGAGAGAUGCUAGCAAAUAAACCGAGUCAAGAUUUAUUGGAAGAAUUAGAACCACCUUCUGUAACUACAAACGGUAAAGGUGAUAAUUCAUCCUCUAAAUUUAAAGGCGAUUCGGUAAACCAUGAAAAAAUUGGUGAGUCCUCUGAACAGAGUAAAAAUAGCGUCAAAAAGAACAAUUUGUUAAUCUCGUCUGGCAUGACAGAUUCCCCUUUUCCUUCCAAAUUUACUUUUCCAAAUAUUGCGGACAAAAAUUUCUUUGUACCGAAUUUUUCAACCCCACCCGUUACCACCUCUCCUUCUUCAUUUUCUUUCGGACAUUCUUCCGAGUUACCGUUACAAAAUUCUUUGCAAAAUACUUUUCAAAAUCCUUCCAUUUCUUCUUCAAAUUCUACCAUCACUAAUAUUUCACAACAAAAAGAUCAUCAACGACGCGUGACUCUACAAUGGCAUCCCCCGGUAUUAGAUAAAUUUUCACCCGUAUUAUCAUCAAAAGCACCUUCAAUAACGAUGCCUUCAAGUUCGAUGAUAUGGCCACCUUCGAUUAAUACUACUUCUCCGACCGAUACACAAUUUUCGAAUUCUAAUUUAUUAUUUCCACAGUUUACUGGUUCUUUUAAAUUUGAUAUGAACUCAAAAAAUAUUGUAAUAGGAACUCAAGGAUCUUCUAAUAUUCCCUCACCUUUGAUCCCUCCCACUAACGUUGUUGACAAUAAUAAUAUUACUACUAAUACCGCGACAGUUCCUAUGAGCUCCGAUUCCACAAAUGUUUUAAAUGCGCCGCUAUCAUUAUCUUCCACUGCAUCGACAUCGAGAAGGGGAAUACAUCCUAAUGUUGGUGUAGGAAGAACAACAACAUUAUAUGUACCAGCAAAAUCACCGAUCAAAUCGGUUCCAAAUUCAAGUGGUAGUAAUCAUCACGGAAAUAUUAAAACACCCCUAGUAGUUUCUCCGCCAUCCAAGUUACCAAUGAAAUUUGGUGACAUAAGCAUAUCUAGUACAUCAUUAACAUCCGCGGCGGCGUCAGCGAAAGGAAUUACAAUUAACGUUAAUGGUUCUAAUAGUAAUUCAAAUUCCUCUUCUACAAUACAAACGACACCAUCACCUAGAGGAUUUAUUCAUAAUGCGACGAAUGCUCCCACUCAGAGACAAAUAAAGGAAUUACCGAGAAGGGCUAAAUUUCGAUUUAAUAUAAAAAGCGAGAUUAUUGUGCCCUCAUCAUUACAACCAUCUUUACCUGUUAUACCACCGUCUCCUUUGUUUUCAUUUGCUACACCAGUUAAUUCUGAGGAUGAUGACGAUUUCGAUGCGGAGGAAGACGAUGGAAGUAAUGCUAAUUGUCAUACGGAUUGGUUGGACAAUGCAAAUAAUAAAAAGAAACGAAAAGCAUUACAAACAGUUGGAGGUAGUUCAACUACAAGUGGGGGAGUAGGUGGUGUGAUGAAAACAUUAACGACAAAAGAACGUGCAAAUCCACUGAGGAGAGUCGAAAGACGAUCAACGCAGCGUAGCAAUGUUGGAAAAUUGUCCUCUAGUAGUGAUUCUAUGUUACCAUUUGAUAGUAAAGUUGUCAGUAAAGAAUUGGAUGGCAUGAGACCACCGCAAACCACGUUUGAUUUUUCGUUUAAAUCAAUUUCUGAAAAAUCAGCAGCUGCAGCUGCAGCGAGUGUGAAUGCGGCUAGUGCAAAACGACUGGCAGCUGUUUCACCAAUACAAACGAUGAAUGCAAAGAACGAUCCAUUUUCUUCAUCGUUGUUCCUUCAACAAUCAUCAUCAACAGUAACAACUGUUGCCAUACCUAGUAAUACAAAGAAAAAAGUUUCAACAAAACGAGCGGCCCCAUCUUCGACAUUAUUUAAAAAUGAAGAUGUAAUAUCAGCUAAUAACAAUCAUGUACAUCCACAAUUUGUAAAGACACUAAAAGCAUUACCACAACCACCUACACCGGCAGCCACACCUAAAAGGAUGCCUAAUGCUGAUAUUCAACAUAUUUCUAAUAAUAAUGCAUCAAGGCGUAAAAUAAAAUUUCCGGAAAAAAAUGGAGAUUGGAUUUGUAUGUUUUGUGAAUAUAGGCUUUAUUACGGAGAUGGAAGGCGAUUGAGAAGACGGCCGAAGAAUAACAUAAAUUCUAAUAAUGGAGAUGGUGGCGGAGGGUUUAAUACACCAAGUGAUGGAGGAUUAACACCGGACAAAGCUCUGGCGACUUAA